AAUCUCAGGCAGUAAAUCAGUGCGUCGCAGCUCACACAAAAACACAGAGGAGCUCAGUUUUCCCAGGUCUCAGCUCAAAGGCUCGCGAGCGUCGAGGCGAACUAGGCAAGGAGAAGAAACUCGUUGAUCUGAUGGAGGGCAGACCUCACCCGAGAGUUGUCCACAGGAGGAGGGAGACAAUCACAGCUUUGCCUCUGUACCACUAUGGAAACCUGCUGAAGAAGAACCUAAAAGAGAAGGAUUUCAGGAACUUCUACGGAGAGCUCAGAGGAUCAACAGUGUUUCUAUACAACAAUGACACACAUGACACAUAUUCAGAAAGGCUGGACCUGGGGCUGAUAAAGUCCAUGGACAUGGAGUCUCCUUAUAAAAGCAAAGGGCCAAACAUUUUCACCUUAAGCUUGCCCCUGGAGGAAGUGCAGUUAAAGAUGGAUAAUCCUGACGCAGGAGAGGAAUGGAGAGGCUACAUUAUGACUCUGGUUAAUAAAGAGAUUCCCUCAGACCUUCAUAUGCUGCCUGGUCAGAAAAUGAAGCUGGAGGAGAUGCUGGCUCAGGAAAAGAAAAGAAACCCUCAGCUGCAGCGUCCUGCUCUUCCACCCCGACCAGGCUUCCUGCAGACUAAAGAUACUCCUGACAUGCCUGCUUGUUUUUUCGAUGUGACCCGACAGGAGGCUGAAAAGCUGCUCAGUGAGAACCCGGAAAAUGGGAACAUCAUCCUCCGCCCGUCCACCAUGCCCAAGAACUACGCCCUGACGCUCAGACAAAAGACAGACAGAGGGUAUGUCCUGAAGAACUACAGGGUGACCUCCACGAGCGCUGGCUUUGUGAUCGAACUCGAGACUCCAAUAACAGUCCACUCACUGAACGAUGUACUGAAGUACUUCCUGGAGAAGACAGAGUAUCGCCUCCGUCCCUAUGUUGUAGCUCAACCCUACGAUACUCGGAUUGUAGUGGCUCCUCCCCCAAAAUGUGUCAACAUGCCACCACCUGUUGUCCCCAAAGCUCAGGUGGCCCCCAUGCAACGAUCCCAGGCCAAAGACAAGCAUCUUCCACCCAUUGCCGGGCCUGAUGAGGGAGAAUAUGUGUUACCAGAAGAUCCCUUAAUGGACGAUCAAAUGAUGAAGAAAGCUCAGGUGGCUGGUGAGCUUCAGGCAGUUUUACAAAUGAGAAAAGAAAAUCUCUAUGUGGAAGCUGGAACGGACGAAGACUUCGCAUACCAGAAUGAAGAAGGUGAAAAAUUCAAAUCAAAGGUCCGGUGGACAACCAACAUCCCCAUGCCAUGAACUUUAACUUUAAGCCUAAUAUGUGGCUCAAAGAGUACAUGUUUUACUGAGCUCUGCCACCAGAAUCCCCUUUUUUCUAUGGGGAUAUUAAAUGUGUGCAAAAGUUAAAUAAAAAAUAUAUGAGUUCUCAGUUAAUUAUCAGAGAGGCAGAAGUGUGUGGGAAUCUUUGAACUCAUUUUUUCCGACACUGUCCAGAGUUAAAAACAGUAAGCAAACAUAUAAACAGAAGUUUGGGUGAUUUAUUUCCAAAGAAAGUCACUUUACGCUUGAUGACAAAGAUUUGCAAGCUACUUGUUUUAAAUAAAGGAAGUUGUGUAACUUGAUUUUUUUCCAAGUCAGGGAAAUUUGGUCAAACACUCUAGAAGUCUCCAAGUCACACCUGCAAUCCACAGUCAGAAAACCAGUGAAGGAGUAACAAUAUUUGCUAAAAAGAAAUAAUAAUCUAAAAUUUGGUGCUUCUGAGGUUUUUUCAUAGAAACUUUAACUUCACACCAAACUAAGAAAGACUAUGUUUGCUUGUGAUCAGAGGGUUUUGCACGAUUCAGAGGAAGAAAAUGUUUGUUUGAGAAGCAUGUGUUAAUAUUCAACUUAUUUGUUGUAUUUGAUCAAUGCACUUUAUACUGUUUUUCAUAUCCCUCCAUAAAGCUGAUCAUGUCUGGAUUUGAUACUAUUUCAUUAAGAAAAGCUUCCGGUGUCAAAAUGACUAGAAAACUGACAAGCUAACUGUAGAAGACUGAAAUAGCAAAGAAAAAAAUUUUUUUUUUUUUAAGAAAAUUUCUCAAUAUAGGGUUUAAGGAAAUGUAAAUUUUUAAACUUACUGUGUUUUGCACCACCAGCCCUCCAUACUUUUGUAGCUUUAUCAUAAAAAGUAUUUCCUGAAAUGGUUCCCUUAUGUCAUGAAGGGAUUGUCGGCUAGCAGUACCUACACUGAGCUCAAGGCUAUCCAGAAUCAUAUAUAUAUAUAUAUAUAUAUAUGGAGUACAUAUAAUCCAUAUUUCCUAGCCUACUGUUUGUAGAUCAUUACCGUUGUUGGCUACUAGUAGCCUGCUAGCAGUAGCCAACUACUGUUAGCUUUGAUAUUAGCUGCAUUAUGUUAUAUCCUCAUUUGUCUGUGACUUCUGCCAAAUGCAUUUAUGUAACAUGUGAUUUUGUUUCACAACUCACUGUUGACACUACCAAAAAAAAGAGAGAGGAAAAAAAAACAUUUUCACAUGUGACAAUAAUUUGCCAAAACCAUCUUAUUGUGAACAUCGGCAGAUUUUCUGUUUAGAAAGCUGGUAAAUUUUCAGUUUUGGCUAAAUAUUUUCUUUAUUGUUAUUGUAACAAUGUCCAAUGUAAAAAAAAUAACAUAAUGAAUAUGUAAACAUGUAAAAUAUUUUUAAUGCAAGCUCAAGACAGAAUAAUAAUCCAAGAUUAUCUUUAUUUUUAAUUUUUCCACACUUAGGAGUAAUCCAACAUAAAUGCUUAGUUUUUUUUAAUUCUAUUAUGUUUUACUGUAUUUUUUGUCAGUGUAGUGGCUCAUAUAAGCUUAAGGAUCAUUCAUGACUCAAAAACAGCAAGACUGUGAAAAAUAUUCAAUAAAAAAAAGAAAAAAGC